AUGGCUGAAUCAAUGAAGUGCGCACUGUGUGGCGAGGAUAUGAAGUCUUCGACCAGACUACCCUGUCACCACUUCCUUUGCGACGGUUGCGCGAACAGAUACCUAGCGACAUCGAACACCUGCCCUACGUGCAAUACCUUGGUGUACGAGCGCUCAACCGCACCCACACUCCAGUCCUUCAACUCGCCAACAACUUUUCCGCCAAACCUAUACCCAGUCCCUGCAGGUUUACCACUGUACAUGCGUCCUGGAGCAUCUUUCGGGGGGAUGACUAUCGCCGACCCAAUACCAGAACGUCCAUCCAAGCUAAGCAACCAACAAGUCGACAACUAUCGCGCAGAUCCUGUCCUCACCUCGCAGGGCGGCUCACAACACAAUGCACCUGCUGGAGACUCACCAAUGCAGCAGAGCGGCCCCUCCAAGGACACAGCUGCUCAGGUGGCUCGAAACCCAGAUCAAGGCGUCGAAAAGGGUGAUCAGCUCACGAAGAAGUACACUGGAGGAGGGGAUGGAUCAUAG